UUUACACAUUUUUACAAUAAGUCAAAUUUAACCAGUUACGUUAUAGUAUCGUUAAAUUUAACAGUUUUAAGUUCGUUUAAAAUAAAUUAUAUUAUUAACUGAUAAUAUUUGUUAAAAAAAUGGAAGAAGAUAUCAAACCAGACAUCAAACCUGUGAUUGAUGAAACACCCAAAGAACCUGAUGAUAAAAAAACCAACCUGUGCGUUGCAUUGAAGAUUCUUAAAAAAUAUAACUUAAAUACUACUGUUGAAACAUUGAAAAAAGAAGCAAAUUUAACAGAUUCUGCUUACAAUACGUCGGAACUUGAUGUUAAUAAUGCUUUAAAUGUAUAUAAGUCUCAAGGAGAUCCAUCGGUGUAUGAAAAUGCUUAUAUAACUUUAUCAAAAUUUGUAGAGACAUCAUUAGAUAUAUACAAACAUGAGUUAGGCUGUGUUCUGUAUCCAGUAUUUAUACACAUGUACUUGGAUCUUGUUUGUAAUGGUUAUGAAGCAGAGGCAAUUCAAUUCAUGAAAAAAUUUGCUCCAGGACAAGAAUCUUAUUAUCAAAACGACAUUCGUAAUUUGGCUAUAAUUACUAAAAAAGAAGAAUUAAAUGAUAAUGUAAUAGUAAGCAGUUAUAAAUCAAAUGAAUUUGUUGUUCGAAUGUCAAGAGAUACAUUAUCUCUUUUAAAACGACAUUUAAAAGAAAAAAAACAAACUGUCUUAUUGGAUAUUGUUCAAGAAAAUUUAUUCUUUGAUGUCUAUGAAGGACUAGCUAGAAAUAAACAACAAAUAGAUGCAGUAGCUGGAGGAAUGAUUGGUGAAGGAACUCGACAAGAUAACAAAUUAAGAGUAUAUUAUGGAUUAAUGAAAGAACCAGACUUGCAAACUGCAGCAGCUGCAGUUAAUUUGGAAGAAGAUGAAGAAGAAGAGGGUGAAAAACCAAAAAAAAAAAAAUCAAAAACUAAUCCUUUGUUAUCUAAAAAAACUAAAAUUGAUCCCAAUGCACCACCAAUAGACAGAAUGACAUUGCCACAGUUAAGAGAGAUUGAUAAAAAAAUUAAGGUUCAAGCAGUUUUAGAUUCUGCCAAAAGAGUGGCCUUAAGUCCUGAAACAUUACCAUCUGUGUGUUGUUAUACAUUAUUAAAUUGUUCUCAUGCUGUUAAUUGUGCAACAAUUAGUGAUGAUGCAACAAUGUUAGCAGUAGGCUUAGCUAAUAGCAGAAUACGUGUAUGGAGCCUCGUACCUCAAAAAUUACGUGCUAUGAAAACAGCUGAUCAAUUAUUAGACAUUGAUCUUGAAGCAGAUGAUGUAAUGCAUAGAAUACUUGAUGAUAGAUCAGCUGAAACCACUCGUACAUUACUUGGACAUUUUGGCGCUGUAUACCAAGUUUCAUUUAGUCCUGAUAAAACAUUACUAUUGUCAUGUUCUGAAGAUUGUACAAUUAGACUUUGGAGUUUACUAUUAUGGUCUUGUGUUGUGGCUUAUAAAGGAAGUUAUCAUCCUGUAUGGGAUGUUAAGUUCAGUUUACAUGGUUAUUAUUUUGCAACUGCUAGUAGAGAUCGUACUGCAAGAUUAUGGUCAACAGAUAACUAUCAGUCAUUAAGGUUGUUUAGUGGUCAUUUUUCUGAUGUUGAUUGUUGUCAAUUUCACCCUAAUUCUAAUUAUAUAGCUACUGGAUCAAGCGAUAGAACUAUACGUUUAUGGGAUUGCGUUACUGGAGAACAAGUACGACUGAUGACUGGUCAUAAAGGUGAAAUUUUAACAUUAUGUUUUUCCAACGAGGGGCGAGUCUUAGCAUCGGCUGGUAAUGAUUGUAAUAUACUUUUAUGGGACAUUGCCCAUGGACAUUUAGUAGCUAUGCUUACUGGACAUAAAGAACCUAUUCGUACCCUUACCUUUAGCCGAGAUAGUACUAUUUUAGCAUCUGGCUCUCAUGACUGUAAAAUAAUGCUCUGGGAUUAUUCAAAAAUGUUGGAAGAUCUUUCAUUAGAUGACAUGAAUGUUCAUAAUCAAAUUAUUAUCAAUGACAAUGAUAAAUACUUACUCCGUGCAUUUGGUACAAAAAAUUCACCAGUUAUACAUUUAUUUUUUUCAAGAAGAAAUAUUAUGUUUUGUGUAUGUUCUUUUAGUCCACCUCAAUCUAAUUAAUUAUUAAUUUCUUAAACAAAACAAAAUAAAUAUUAUUUUUGG